AAAACCCGUAAUACAGAAGCUAAUGUUUUGUUUGGUCAGACAUGGACAUAGUGGGUGGUACCUUCUGUAAGGCAAAUUGGUGGGGACAUGUGACACUAGUUCGACCAAUCAGGCCCGCCGCUCGGUUUAACUAUGUUAAAUGUCAGAUUACUAUAAACUAGAAGCUCUUGGUCGGGCCCGCCGAAAUGGGCGAGCAUAAUCUUCUUAAUCCCGGGUUUGUGGGACCGUUGGUAAACAUCCACACGGGAGACACAUUUUACCUCCCCAAUUUUAGAGCGUCCGGGGGACAACUGGCGGGUCUACCCUCUCUCUCCUACCCAAGAAGGGACAAUGUAUGCUCCCUUCCUUGGACCGCGUCGGAGCCGUGCAAUGGAUAUCCUCAACCCUACUUUAGCAGUGCCAUGUCCAUUAACCCCUCUUUCAACCGUGCAUGCGAAAUCACCAGGCAAGAUGAAGGCAAAUGUUUUUACAGCAACGGUGGCGGAAACAGGGAACCCUGCGCUGAAAGCGCGAACCUCAAACGUGAAGAGAGGGCAAGAGGAGACUCCUCUUCCUCCAUAACGACGGAGCAUGGACUGCACAACGGGAUUGGCAACAACGGUACAUAUUCCAAGUACGACUAUGGCGUGGAGCAGUUGACCCAAGAUCCGCUAUCCUGUCAAUCCCUAGAAUCUGACUCCAGUUCAUCGCUGCUCAAUGAAGGGAGCAAAGCCUCUACAGGCAUCGCUCAGGCGUUGACAUCCCCUGGCAAUCACGCACCAAGCACAGCAGCGGGCGGAGGCGCCCCGUGGUACCCAAUGCACACCCGAACCCGAAAGAAACGUAAACCCUACUCCAAACUCCAGCUGGCGGAGCUGGAAGGCGAGUUCAUGCUCAAUGAGUUCAUCACCAGACAGCGGCGGAGGGAACUCUCUGACCGCCUGAACCUCAGCGACCAACAGGUUAAGAUAUGGUUCCAGAACCGGCGGAUGAAGAAGAAGAGAUUGAUGCUUAGGGAGCAGGCCUUGUCCUUCUUCUAAGAGGGAGAGAUAUAUUUUAAAGGGGAAUAUAGGCAGGCUGUAUUCUCUAUGAAACAUACUGUUGAUUAUUUUGGUGUAAUCAAAUUCGAUGGCCUAUAGCAUGCACAGUAUGACGUCUCACGUCCUUUAGAAGAAUGAUAUUUUCUGAAACAAAACGACCUCAUCUGAGUUAUCACUACAUCUAUCUCGAAAAACAAAUCAAGAGACCAAAUAAUAUCUUUAUCUGACCUUAUAUCGCAUAAUACGUUUAUCAAUACAAGUAGUGACAGUGCAAGAGCUUCCCUAUAUUAUAUGUUCUUUGAUAUGGAACAUUCGAAAUAGUCAGCGCCCAGGAAUGAAAGGCAGGCACAGUGCAGUCUAAAGCAACACAAAGUUUCAAUUAACAUUAUUUGGGAAAAUAUAAUUUGGUAUUUGUAACUUUUUUCAAAGAUUUCUUUGGCUAUUUAGUUUCCCAUCCUUUUACCAAUGCACUAACACUUGUGACUCAUUCGGUACAAUCAUUUCAAACAUAUUUAACUAAUCAAAUUAUAUAUAUAUCGGAUUUUUACAAAUUGAUUUGAUUUAAGAUAUGAACAAUUUCAGUAAUAAGCAUAUGCCUGCUUGUUGAGAAUAUGAAGCUAAUGGAAAGUUACGGAAUCCAUACUAAUGGAUAUUCAAUAUUAAAGAAUAACUCAAUCAAAUUUACGAAUGCAUAGCAUGUAUUUAUAAACCUUUUUAGUCUCAUGAGUGGAAAUAAGAUUGAACUGACCCAAGUUAUGUUUCAUAAGUUUGAGUUCACUUAGCUACUUCUAUGUAGGCACGGUGCAUCAAUAUGGCUAUGGCCCAUAAUGGUUUACAUCCAAUCUACAUUUCACCAGUAUUAAAUAAGUCAUGACAUGAUCGACCCCAGAACUCCUAAAACAAGUGUUACAACGUUCAUGGAAGGUUGAACUUGGGCUUUGGCAUAUUCAACCAUUUUUUUAUUUGUUUUUUAUCUCAGUGGAUCUUAAGAUGGUUUUGGGGCAUGCAAUUAAAAGCCUACGUUAUUCAUUUUCAAUCAAUCAUGUGCUGUAGGAGACGUGCAUGGCCACGGUCAAGGACAACAACUGGCCAUACAGCCUACUGCGUCUGUCAGAGCCAUCCAUUCUAGAGCCAUUUUCAUGAGUGCAUUUCGAUAUUGUUUGUAAAUUACAACACUUUGAUUUACAAAAGUCGAUUAUCUGCUAUUACAUUUCUCAUCCCGCUAAAACACACA